AAUGUCAAUCGACGUGACAUGAACGGUGUUAAUUAUUUUUAGUUGUAAAUAUGAAUAAAUGUACAUUUUGUAAAUGCUUUUUAGAACCGCCAAUUAACGCAGUCUCGCAGAAAACCCCCGAAAAAAAAGACAACAAAGGUAGUAUACUCUCUAACCAAAAUUACAAUAAAUCUUCACAAAAUUGGAAAAAAUGGGUACAGUUCCAAGUAGAAAGCAACAAAACGUUCCGAAAAGGUGACAUAAUAAAUCUAGAAUCUGGUGAAUUGAUCGUGAAUACUGCUCAAGAAUAUCAAACAGCAUCUAACAUAUAUUUCACAGAAGCGAUAAUUAAUACAGCCUCACAGAAACCCCCCGGAGAAGAAGACAACAAACUUGAUAUACUCUCUAAUCAAAAUUAUAAUAAAUCUUCACAAAGCUGGAAAAAAUGGGGAAAGUUCCAAAUAGAAAGCAACAAAACGUUCCGAAAAGGCGACAGUGCGAUUCCAGAAUCUGGUGAAUUGCUCGUGAAUAUUGCUGAAGAAUAUCGAACUGCAACUCAGAUAAAUUUCACAGAAACACCAGCUUCACAGAACAUUCUCGAACAAGGAGAUAAUAAACGUAAUACAUUAACGGAUCAAGAAUGUAAUGACCUUCUACAAGAUGAGGAAAAAUGGGAAAAAAUCCGAGUCGAAACUAACAAGAGGUUAGCCGAAAGACUUAAUCGAGAACCUGGUGACUUACUCAUGAAUGUUGCUGAAGAUUAUAGACAAGUACGACAAGAACAGAUUCUGUUUGAAAAUAUGCAGAUCAACGUCGACUUUGACAAAUAUAGAGGAAACCCCGCAUUCUUUAACUUACCUCCAAGUUUGAAAGAGCAUUGCAGAUUGCAGUGCCAGAAAAAAUGUUUGUGUCAAAAUCCGAUUUACUUUUCGGUGCCUACCAACGCACAGAAAAAUGAAAUCCCGAAAAUGAAAUUCGAACGAACUUCAAAACACUCGAUGAAAAAAAAUUUAUUGCCCAAAACCAGAAAUAUAUUUACGCUUUGGAAAAGGAACUCAUAUAGAAAAAUGAUAUUGGAAAAUAUUUCAACAAAAUUAAAAAACUUGAGACCUCAUCGUUCAGAUAUAAAGUUAUUUAUAGAAGAAGAUAAUCAAGCAAAACAAGAAAGUACAGAUGAAUUAAAAUCUGGUGAAAAGCAUGGGGAAAGAUAUUUGGAAGACUCCUUUGAGGCCUCAACUUUAGAAAAAUUAACAGAUUUAAAGGUAAAGAAAUUAGAAGAAACAUUAUAUGAUCCAAAUAAUGAGAAAGUAAACUUUUUAAUAAAUGGCAAUAGAAUUACUGAACAUGUUAUAAAACAAGGUACAAUGAAGAUAAGAGUUAUAUGUGAUUCAGGAGAAAUACCUAAAUUACCCAUAAUCAAUUACUUGAAGUUUGAAAAUAAAGGAAACUUUACCCUCAGAAUAUAUUUUUCAAUAUACGAGAAAUACAGAACAUUUCGAGAUAUAACACCGGUAGUCCCAAAAGCGUCGUCGCCCUUUUAUUUUGAUAGAAGAGAACUUCUUUUAUUGCCUGGUGAAUCUCUAGAUUUUCCGAUAUGGUUUAAACCUAUUCAGACGGGAAAUUUUAACGAAACUUGGCAGAUAACUACGUCGCCUCAAUUUUUUGAUGAAUCCUUUCUAUUACUCAUUAUUCUUCAAGGUAAUGUUUACCAAGAAAAUUUUUACGAAAAAAUAAAUGAAAUUGAAAACACCUUGACAACACGAGUACGAAGCACGUUAAUAGGCGAUAUACUCAGAGAUAUUCUCAAUUCAACACAGUACAGAAAAUCACACAUUCAAAAAUAUACGUACUCCGAAAAACACUACUUCGAAGCGACUAACCAAGAAACUUGGGGUUUUAUCAAACGACCUAAGUAUGUUUACAAUAAAGACUUGGUUACGGAAUUAAAAAAUUUUUAUAAGAAAGUUAAGACGCCAGAAGAUUAUGCGGAUUGGAACUAUUCAAUCGACGUGCUACUAGAACUUGCUAAAAAACGAGACCUACUUAAUUAUAUAGACGAUAUUUACAUGAGGUGUAAGGAAGGCCGUGAACGAGCCUACAUCUUAAGAGAACUAUACGGAAUUCCAAAUAUUAACAUUGCGGAGGCACAAAAAGUACAUGACGCAAUCAGGGAGCCUGACGCAUCACCAAGAGAAACAUACGCGAAAAGCAAAACAAACCACGAACAACUUCACGAAAUACUUCAAAAGCUUGACAGAAGUGUCAUGAUAAACAACACGGAGCGAGAAAAGUACGCCACUGUAUAUUAUAUUGUUAGAUACUACCUGCAUAGAGCAUACAAACAACUGAAUGGAAGAGAUGUCUCUACACCUAUUCCUGUCUUGGGAAAAACAAAAAUUACCGACAGGUGUGAUGAUAUACCUGAAAGGCUGCUUUUUGAAAAAUUUGAUAAUAUUUGGAUACAGCGAAACAGACGGGUUCCUCCUGUAGUCACAGAAUUUAUACCUAAACCGAAGCCAAAACAUUUAGAAGAUAUACCGUUAGAUCAACCCCAUGAGCUGUAUAAUGCGUAUUUUAAAAAACAGAAAAACGAUAAAAAGAAAAAUAAUGCAAAAACGAAAAAGAUACUACCAGUCACAACCAAUAAGAAUAAUAAACAGAAAGGAAAACGAUCGGACAGACAUACUGAUACAAAAGUUAUCGAAAAUUUUGAUCCAUUCGGUAAUCUUGAAAUAGAUAUUCAACAAAACACAUCAGUACAAGCAGCUUACAAACAGAGGACGUCAUUCUCAGUAAAAUCGCCAUCUAUGCCAUCUAUGAGAUCUUUCGAAGAAAAGGAAACAAAGAGUUAUCAUGAGAAAUAUUUAAUAGUUUACAGUAAUUUGUGUGCAGGCAUUGACGCAAUGGUGGCUGCAUUAGAUACAAUAAACGAAAGAAGAAUACCUGCAGAAAUUUUAAGCGAAUUAACAGAAUGUAAUAUUAUAGAGUCUAAGAGAAAGUUUACCAACCUAUCGAUAUCAAUAGGAACAGCUUCAACAGGUGCAACGUCUGAAAAGUUUAGACUAAGUGACGAAAUUUGUCCCGAAGUUGAUGAUUACUGGAAUUAUUUGGGUAAUACCUAUUUUUAUCAGAAUGAAAAAACUCAGAAGUACUUUAUCAAAGGAGAGACUCUUCCCGAAGAAAUAACGGAAACCACUUUACCACUGGCCAAACCCCGUGAAUCGUUUCAUCUCUUCACUCCCCCGGAAGUAGAAUCUGUGGUUUCCGCUGACUUUAAAUCAGAAGCAAUGCAAACCAGUGAUAUUAGCAGCGACAAAUAUGAAGCAUUUUCAGAUCAUUUGUUAAAAACCGACUUGUCACACGAUUCCUCACAAGCAGAUUCUAGCGAAGACAAUAAUACAAAGAGAGAAAAGUCAUUGGAUCUUUUUUAUUAUGUCGAUUAUAAUUUAUAAUGUUAAUUUUUGUUAUUAUUAAAAAUAAAAUUUUAUUCAUCUACUC